CUCCAAAUUUCUAUCUGGCCUAGAAUUUUCUCGCGUCCCAAACAACACAUCUAAUUCUCCCCUUGACAAAUUUACCGAUUUUUAUUUAUGUGAGUGAAGAACGACAACGCCUUGGAUUGAAUGCGAGUCAAUUUCCGCUUCGUCGUGGUUUACGUGGCAACAUGAUUCGGCGUUCCCCCGAAUCCAACCCAGAAGCCGCACCAUUAAGGCUUCUGCUACCUCAAAUCCAAAUUCCGCUUCCUCCCAUUAACAUUCGAACAAUCUCUCCCAAUUUCUAGGGCUUUUGAUUAUUCAUUCCCACAACAACUCCCUCCUCCAACCAAAUUCCAUUGCAUUCCCCAAAAUGAUCAACAAGAUCAUAAAACGCGCCCACAAAAAAUUAGUAAAAUCGGAAUUCCCCGAAAAUUCCCCAAACGCAGACCAAUUCUACGAAGUAGUCGUGAAACACGCGUCUCGUGCCGCCAGCGCCAAUUCCGAUCCGCUAAACUUCCCUCCGGCGGCGGCGUCCCCCAGUCCCACCGUAAUCGAGGCACUUCCGCCAAUCGGAGACGUCGCCGUUUCAGAACGGCCCGCUCUGUUCCUCCGAAAAAUAAAACUCUGUUCCUUCCUCUGCGAUUUUUCAGACACUCUCAAGUCCGUUCACGAAAAAGAAACAAAGCGGCAAACACUCGAAGAGCUCGUCGAAAUCAUCCAAUCCGGUUCAUACGCAUUCAGCGAUAAUCAAGAACAACUCGUUAAGAUGGUUACCGUUAACAUCUUCCGUUGCUUGCCUCCGUCGUCUCGCAACACUGAAAACGUGGAUCCUGAAGACGAUGACAAGUAUUUGGACCCGUCGUGGCCACAUUUACAACUCGUCUAUGAAAUUCUCUUGCGUUACGUUGUGUCACCCGAGACUGAUAUAAAAAGUGCGAAGCAUCACGUUGACCAUGUCUUCGUUUUGAAACUCAUUGACUUGUUUGAUUCGGAGGACCAACGAGAACGCGAGUAUUUGAAAACAAUUCUUCACCGAAUUUAUGGGAAGUUCAUGGUGCAUAGGCCUUUCAUAAGGAAAGCCAUCAACAACGUGUUUUAUCGGUUUAUAUUUGAAACGCAGAGGCAUAAUGGUAUUGCUGAGUUGCUUGAGAUUAUGGGUAGUAUUAUAAAUGGUUUUGCAUUGCCAAUGAGAGAGGAGCAUAAGCUGUUUCUAAUUAGGGCUCUUGUACCUCUUCACAAGCCCAAAUCGAUUUCCUCUUAUCACCAACAACUGUCGUAUUGUGUUGUUCAGUUCGUAGAGAAAGAUAACCGACUUGCAGAUCCUGUGAUCAAGGGUUUGUUGAAGUUCUGGCCCGUCACCAAUUGCCAAAAGGAAGUGCUUUUUCUUGGAGAACUUGAAGAGGUUCUCGAGGCAACUCAACCGCCUGAGUUUCUGCGGUGUAUGGUCGCUCUUUUCAGGCAGAUUGGGCGCUGCCUUAACAGCCCUCAUUUUCAGGUUGCUGAACGAGCACUUUACUUGUGGAACAAUGAGCACAUUAUAAGUUUAGUAGCUCAGAAUCGAAAUGUUAUAUUGCCAGUAAUCUUUGAAGCUUUGGAAAAUAACAUGAAAAGCCAUUGGAACCGAGCAGUAAAUGGGCUGACAGCCAAUGUGAGGAAGAUGUUCCUGGAGAUGGAUGCUGCCCUUUUUGAAGAGUGUCAAAGGCAGUACUUAGAGAAAGAAGCCAGGGCUAGAGAAUUGGAAGAAAAAAGGCUAUUAACGUGGAAGAAAUUGGAAGCAGUGGCUGCACAAGCCGUGAGGGACGAUAUGGUUUUGGUUCGUUAAGGGCUCCAAACUCUUUUUUGUUACACGGUGGUGGUUGUGCAGAAAUUUCUUCCUAAAUUGGGGUUGCAGUGACUGACCAAAAAAAAAAGAAUUGGGGUUACAUCACUGCUGCAUAUCAAAGUUGGAAAGGAAGAAAUUGUAAUUAUAUUUUAAUUACAAGGCACGGUGAACAAGAUAUGCACAAUAACAAGCUUGCAAGUCCUCUUUCUCAGUGAAACAAGGACUACAAUCUUCAUUUGAUCCUUCCCUUGCUUCUUGGUUUAUUCUUGUGUCAAUUGUAAAUACAACGUUACAUUUUUCUUCAACUAAGUUGUCAUUUAAUCCUUCACAUUCACCCGCUGAAUGAAAAAAUGGUGCCGUUGGUCACCACAUUUUGGUGAAUAGGAAGAGCUUGUGUCAUUUAUGGUUAGGAAAAAACAACGAGCAACUACUCAUCUCUCGUCAUUGUUGGCCUUCACAAUUUUGAAAUAGAAUAACUGAAUUAAUAUUGU